AUGGAUGAAGAUCAAUUACAUGGCAAAUGUUCAGAAAAAGUUCAAUCAUUAGAUGGCUUAUCUCAAACAUUUCCUGCUAAAAGCUCUACUAUUGAUUUUAUACCGUGUCGAAGAGCAGGACGCUAUGUUGAUAAUUUUCGUAUCCUACAGUUAGGCGAUAAUAUGCUUCGAAGUGAAAAAGAAAUGGAAAAACUUCGUGAGCUUGAAGAUCCAGAAAAAAUGAAACACAUAAGGAAAAAAAUUGCUAAUUGUUUCGUGGAACGCUAUAAAUAUACUAAAGAAGAAUCAGAUGUUUAUUUAAAAUUUGCACAACGAUCGAAAGAUAAUUCCAUACAAUUUCAAAUGCUUUGUUCAAAAACCGAGCUUGUCACAUAA